UGACAGCUAAUAUUGUAAACACAAGAGUACAAUGAACUCCUUCAUAUUAGUCAUUUUCUAGAUGAAAUAUAACAUAAAUAUCCCUUUAUAUAAAUGAAAAGGUUACUAAAAUGGAGUUUCCAAGUAGUAUUAUAUGUUUGGUGAAGUUGUUGAGUGAACUAUCAGUGUAUCUUGUGUUUCUAAAACUGGGCGUGAUAGUGUACGGAUUUUAAAUGUAAAUUUAAGUGUUUACGAUAAAUACGAUUUGUAUUGUUAAGCAAACAGAUUGGUUUAUAGCUUGUUAUUUAAUGAUGAUGGUGUAAAGAAUGGAAGCUACAAGCGAAACUGGCUAUUGUGAACGAGAGUCUUGGGAUGACUGGGGUAGUCAUUCUUCACUCAGCCAACAAGAAGAUUUGGCAACCCAAAGCAGCGGACGGGUGGAAGAUGUCUCCACUCUCCGUGCGGAACGUGACGCGCUGGUGCGUGCGUUGGCGAAUGAGAGGCAACGCGCGGCCAGUGCGGCUAGAGCUCACGAUGCAAGACUUGCAGAACUGCAUGGAGUCAUUGCUGAGUUGGUUAGGCGGCGAGCGACUGAUAAACGGGCUAAGGCCAUACCUGAGGAGGAAGUCUCUGAUGAAUGUGAGUCGACAACACAGCCGGCUGGUGAAUUAGACGCAGACAUCGAUUUAUCUAGGACCGACCAGAAUGAGAAUUCAUCGCUUGUGAGUCCAGCUGAAUUACCGACGCCCCAGGACCCAAAGGAGCUUCCAGAAGAUAGCGCUAGUACCAGCACUAAUGAUAUCAAAAUUCAACCGACAUUAGAAGUCUCACCACCACAAGAUUCAGAGAACUGUUCCAGUUUGAGGCUAUCCGAGAGGGAUUCAGAGAUAUGUGUUACAACAGCCAGAUGUUGCCAGUACAGCCGUGCUCAUGGUUCAAACAACAGCUGUCAAAGAGAGAGAGGUUCACCAGCGCUUCUACCGCCGUCUCCUGGACGUUGCGAGUCUCGUCAGGCGAAAAUCGCGUCCCGGGUUCGACUAAAAAAGACGUCUGAGACUGAAACCAAUCAACCAAUAUCUAAUGAAGAGUGGUGCGUGGAGGCUGCAGAACGGCUCGCCUUAGAUGUAUGUGCUCAGGCCGAUCUUAGAGAAGCUCUGGUCGCCGCUAACCAUGAAGAAGAGUCAAUAACCACUGAACUAUGGCGAGCGCGUUGCGUUCGUCUUGCGGCUGAAUGUCGCGUUCUAGACGCAGCCUUACAUAGAGCUGUGGACACACAACAUCGAUUAUCCUGCGCAUGCGCAAUGCACGAGUCGUCGUCCGUAGUAUUGUGCUCCGCGUUAAAGGCCGCAGAUCGGGCUUUGGAGACCUACGAUGUGUUGCUGGCUUUGGCUGAGACGCAAAACGAUACAGAUAGUCCAGAACGCUCUGCAGCUGAAGGAGUGGCACGUCGGUUGCUGCGUCGCCUUGAGAGCGGACCUGUGUGGGGUCAGGCGAUGCUGUCCCCGGGACCGUGGCACGAUCAUCAACAAAAUAAUACAACGGAGGAAGAUCUAGACCCGUGGAGCGAGGAAUGUGAAGUGCGUCUGCGCAGACACGCGGCGCGACUCAAAAGAGAAACCGUCGCUCUACGCGCAUUGCGACCGCCACCACACAUGUAUUCGCCGCACGAUAUGGAGGAAAGUGAGGAAAAUCCGGUGGAAAAUGGAUUGUCAGAUAUGGAGGCAGCUGUCAUGAUGCAGGAGGUACUGCUGGCUCGGGAAAAUAGGGUGGUAGAGCGAGCUGCGUCAAUACUACAUAAGGAGAAUUCACAACACAAGAGCGACGGAUCACGCGGCCGUCGCCGUGCAGAGAGGGAGCGACACUGGCUCGAUACACAAGCGUCUGAAACUGAUUUAUAAACUACCCACAAAUUAUCACACGAGAAAAAAAUUUUGAUUAAAGUUAUUUUUUAUUAACUUUUCAGUAUUUCCGAGCAGAAUUUAUAGAAUUUCUGAUAUUCUGGAAAAAAUAUAAUUGGUAGACGAAAAGUUUUUUCCCCUUCUUACAUAUAUGAUUAAAACGAGACAACGAUUUAGCAUCACAUAGAAGUACAAUGUAACGUGUUUAGUUUAGAUUAGAAACUGCUAAAUACAUAGAAAGUAAGGUAGUUUUUUUUAUUUUGAUUUUUUUAUUUAUUAAUAUUAAUAAAAGCAAUAUAACAUAUCUUUAUGUGCAUUUGGUUAAAAAAAUCUGUGUUAGAGAUAAAAAAAGAUAUUUUUGAAAGCGUAAAUAUUGCUUAAGUGUAAAAGAGAUGCCAAAUGCUUAAAUGCCUUAUUGCUGUCUCACUCUCGCAUGAGUGAAAUGUAUAUUCACACUUUUAGGCAAUAAUUUUGGCACGUGACUGUAUAAAACUAUUGUGUGUUCUAAACAUUUUGAAAAUAACAUUGACAUAAUAUUUAACCAACUUUAUAGUACGUUUAUGAAUAAAACUGUGUCACCCAUCCAACCACUUAUCAGUGGCAAGUGUUGCUUAACGUUAAACGCUGUUUUAAUAUUACCGUCUCAAAAUUAUUGCACACAAGUAUAAAAAGUGCUUUGCGAAUAUUAAAAGAUUUAAAGUUUUUAAAAAAAUAUAUUUUUAAUAAAACAUUUUAGGCUAAAUUUUAAAAUAUGUAAAUAUUCAUUGAAAAUAAACUAUGCAUUUAUGUACUUGCUUAUUGUUGAAUAUGCAGAGUAUAUGCAAUUAAUCCGUGCACAUAAUAUGAAAAAAUCUCAGUGAAAUCGUAAUUUUUAACGAGUCUACGACAAUGUACGAAUAACAAUACAAUAGAUUAUUAAUUUCAACACGCCUAUGCAUCCAUACAAAAAAUAAAAUAAAAAAAUGUUUUACAAUUGCAUUAUCACUACACAUAAUAACAUCUUACGAGUUAAGUGUGUGUCAAACUUGUGGGUUACCCGCCGUAGAUAGCGGUAUCAUUCGUAAAGAUUUUUUUAACUUCAAGUCCUGGAAUAUAAAAUGUGUAUAAUAAAUACUGGAAUGGACCUAAAUCACUCCCUUGCGGUACCCCAGGUUUUUUUACUGUCAAUAUGGAACGUUUAUUUUGUUAUCAUACUCUAAAUAUUCGUUUGUGUUAAAUAUAACUCAAGGAUAUUUGAGAUCUGUCGAGCCAUUGAUUCCAUUAGCCAUUACUUUAAUUUAAAUGGACAAGUACUCGGUGCCACACUUUGUCAAAUGCCUGAGCAGCAUUUGAAAGACAGUUUAAAGCAUCGUGCUUUUGACUUGACUAAACCAAAUUUCACAAUUACAAUUAUAUUGUGUAAUUCUUACAAUAUUUCUACUAACAUUACUCAACUCGUAAGAUAAUAGAGAAGAAGAACUCGUAUCAAAUCAUUUCAGAUACAUAGGUACCCUAUGUAUGUUCUGUUAAGAAACAUCUGCAGAAGCUUUCAAAAAACUAGGCAAGCAUACUAAAGGACAUUGCUCUUUAAGUUCUGGCCAAUUGUAUUGUCAUUCGUAUGUAUAUCGUCGGCCGUAAGAAUGUCAGUCAUUUUAGAAGAAUAGAUUUUACGAUGUUUAACUCAGCUGUAGUAGAUAAACUGUUACAACGGAGCUUACGGUUGCUUCUUUUGAAAUAUCUCAGUAGAAAUUUUAUAUUAUGACACCUUUUCCGGGGUUUAAUGACGUGUUCUUUUUUAAUAUAAAAAAAAAAAAAAUCUCUCAUGAAUGCAUUUAACUAUAAAUUAUGUGAUUCCCAAGGAUGGUUCAGGUGUAUGAUUCAUUGAUGUUUGUAAAUCUACUGUAGUAUAUCAAUUAUUAAUAAAAUCUCCCUAAUCUACGCUGCCGGAAAAGCUAUUAAGUAAUUUUUAAUUUACUAUCUGAAGUAUUGUAAUUAAUAUGAUUACGUAUCUAAACAAUGGUUUAUAACCGUAGGCUCUGACUCGUGUAUGUAUGGACCCUUUAUGUAUGUACAGAAUGCGAUGGUGCUAGUGUAGGUAGCUAACCAAUAUAAUAUUAAUAAUC